GGACUGGGCUGCGGUCGCGGCCGGGUGAGGUUGGGAGCGGAAGGCGGCGGCGGCGGCGCCUGGGGGAGGGCACGUGCCCUGUAGGUCUCCCGCAAGGGCGCAGCCGUGCGCUGCCGCAGGGCGCGCAGUGUUGACCCGCGUCCUAGCAACAGGCGGGCGCCGACUGCAGGGGGGCAGGGCGCUGCAGUGCGUGUGCUAAGCUCAGGUCUGAGCACUGGCAGAUCCCAUGGGUGUGGCUCUGAUGAAAUUGGCGCAGUGGACUGCUGCCGGACAUGGAACUGGCACCCUCGAAAUCACCCCUCUAAAUGAAGCGAUAUUGAAAGAAAUUAUUAUGUUUGUGGAGAGUUUUAUCUAUAAACAUCCUCAAGAGGCAAAAUUUGUUUUUGUGGAACCACUUGAGUGGAACACAAGUGUGGCGCCUUCAGCAUUUGAAUCAGGUUAUGUUGUCAGUGAGACAACAGUCAAAUCAGAAGAAGUUGACAAAAAUGGACAGCCUUUGCUAUUUCUCUCUGUACCACAAAUUAAAAUUAGGAGCUUUGGGCAGCUGUCACGCUUGUUACUUAUUGCCAAAACUGGGAAGUUGAAGGAAGCCCAAGCAUGUGUUGAAGCUAACAGAGACCCCAUAGUAAAAAUCCUGGGCUCCGAUUAUAAUACAAUGAAAGAAGACUCAAUUGCAUUAGAUAUUCUUGGCAAAAUUACCAGAGAUGAUGAUCCUGAAAGUGAAAUUAAGAUGAAGAUUGCUAUGCUGCUUAAGCAAUUGGAUCUGUACCUCCUCAAUCAUUCUCUAAAACAUAUUUCAUUAGAAAUAAGUUUAAGUCCUGUGACGGUGAAGAAGGAUAUAGAACUGCUCAAAUGUUUCUCAGGAAAAGGAGACCAAACAGUCUUGGAAUCUAUUGAAUAUACCUCAGAUUAUGAAUUUUCAAAUGGAUGUCGAGCCCCACCAUGGAGACAAAUUCAUGGGGAAAUUUGUUAUGUUCUGGUGAAACCUCACGAUGGUGAGACUCUGUGCAUUACUUGUGGUGCAGGAGGAGUAUUUUUAAACGGUGGCAAAACAGGUGAUGAAGGGGACAUUAAUUAUGAGAGAAAAGGUUCAAUUUAUAAAAACCUUGUCGCAUUUUUAAGAGAAAAAUCACCAAAAUUUUCAGAAAAUAUGUCUAAACAGAUGGGGUUUUGCCAUGUUGGCCAGGCUGGUGUUGAACUCCUGGCUUCAAGUGAUCUGGCUGUCUCAGCAUAUGGAAUUAGCUUCAGUGAAGACCAGCAAAAGGAAAAGGAUCCGCUUGGCAAAGCCCCCAAGAAGGAAGAAGCAGCUGCCCUCCGCAAAGACAUUUCCGGUUCAUACAAGAGGUCACUGGAGAAGAACCAAAUUAAUUUCGGGAGGAAUCAAAUGACCAAGAGAUGGGAACCAAGCUUAAACUGGAAGACCACUGUUAAUUACAGAAACAAAGGCUCAGCAAAAGAAAUCCAAGAGGACAAACGCACAGGAAAACUUGAAAAACAAAGACCAUCUGUUUCACACGGAAGAGCACAAUUACUUGGGAAGAGUGCUGAAAAGAUUGAGGAAAUUGUUAGUGAUAGCUCCUCAGAAAGUGAGGAAGAUGAAGAACCACCUGACCAUCGUCAGGAAGCAAGUGCAGAUUUGCCAUCAGAAUAUUGGCAAAUUCAGAAGCUGGUGAAAUAUUUAAAGGGAGGAAAUCAGACAGCUACAGUGAUUGCAUUGUGUUCAAUGAGGGAUUUCAACUUAGCUCAAGAAACCUGCCAGUUGGCCAUCAGAGAUGUUGGAGGCCUGGAAGUGCUGAUAAAUUUGCUUGAAACUGAUGAAGUCAAAUGUAAGAUUGGUUCAUUAAAAAUACUGAAGGAAAUCAGUCAUAAUCCUCAAAUCAGACGUAAUAUUGUUGACCUUGGGGGCUUACCAAUUAUGGUGAAUAUACUUGAUUCUCCACACAAGAGUCUGAAAUGCUUGGCAGCUGAGACGAUCGCGAAUGUCGCCAAGUUUAAAAGAGCACGGCAGGUGGUGAGGCAUCACGGGGGUAUCACCAAACUGGUUGCUCUACUAGACUGUGCACAUGAUUCCACAAAACCUGCCCAAUCGAGUCUGUAUGAGGCCAGAGACGUGGAAGUGGCUCGCUGUGGGGCACUGGCCCUGUGGAGCUGCAGUAAGAGUCAUACGAAUAAAGAAGCCAUCCGCAAAGCCGGGGGCAUUCCUCUGUUGGCCCGGCUGCUGAAGACUUCUCAUGAAAACAUGCUAAUUCCAGUGGUGGGGACAUUGCAAGAGUGUGCAUCAGAGGAAAACUACCGGGAUGCAAUCAAAGCAGAAAGGAUCAUUGAAAACCUUGUCAAGAACCUAAGUAGUGAGAACGAGCAGCUGCAGGAGCACUGUGCCAUGGCCAUUUACCAGUGUGCUGAAGAUAAGGAAACCCGCGACCUCGUUAGGCUGCACGGAGGACUUAAGCCCUUGGCCAGUCUACUCAAUAACACUGACAAUAAAGAGCGGUUAGCUGCUGUCACAGGGGCAAUAUGGAAAUGUUCCAUCAGCAAAGAGAAUGUGACCAAGUUUCGGGAAUACAAAGCCAUUGAAACCUUGGUGGGACUUUUAACAGAUCAGCCUGAAGAAGUACUUGUGAAUGUGGUUGGGGCCUUGGGAGAAUGCUGCCAAGAACAUGAAAACCGAGUCAUUGUCCGGAAAUGUGGUGGCAUUCAACCACUUGUGAACCUCCUUGUUGGAAUAAACCAAGCUCUUCUUGUGAAUGUUACAAAAGCAGUUGGUGCUUGUGCAGUAGAACCUGAAAGUAUGAUGAUAAUUGAUCGCUUAGAUGGAGUUCGUUUGUUGUGGUCCCUGCUGAAAAAUCCUCACCCAGACGUGAAGGCCAGCGCAGCGUGGGCACUCUGUCCAUGCAUCGAAAAUGCAAAGGAUGCUGGGGAAAUGGUUCGUUCCUUUGUUGGUGGUUUGGAACUUAUUGUCAAUUUACUGAAAUCAGAUAACAAAGAAGUUCUGGCAAGUGUAUGUGCUGCCAUUACCAACAUAGCAAAAGAUCAAGAAAAUUUAGCUGUUAUUACAGAUCAUGGAGUUGUUCCUUUAUUGUCCAAGCUGGCAAAUACAAAUAACAAUAAAUUGAGACAUCAUCUAGCAGAAGCUAUUUCACGUUGCUGUAUGUGGGGCAGGAAUAGAGUGGCCUUCGGUGAGCACAAAGCAGUGGCUCCACUAGUGCGUUAUCUGAAAUCAAAUGACACCAACGUUCAUCGGGCGACAGCUCAGGCCUUGUACCAACUUUCAGAAGAUGCCGAUAACUGCAUCACCAUGCAUGAGAAUAGUGCAGUAAAGCUUCUACUGGAUAUGGUUGGGUCCCCUGACCAGGAUCUCCAGGAAGCUGCAGCUGGUUGUAUAUCCAAUAUCCGCAGGCUGGCUCUUGCUACAGAGAAGGCAAGAUACACUUGAAAUUUAAACGGACAUCACAAGCUAUCAAAUUCUACAUGACACAGGACAUGUCACUCCCAUGGCCAGAAAGCCUAAAUUGGGAAACAUUUAUUAGCAAACCCUUUCAACCAUCUAAAUGAAAACACACAAACUGAAAAUGCACAGAAUGUUUUUCAUCUGAAAAUUGCAUGGAGACUUUUGUUUCUAUUUAAUGUUUUAGAGAUAUGACAUGUAAUAAGAUGGAAAGCCAAUAAACCUGUGAUAAAUUUCUAAGAAUUUGAGAAUAUACAUAUACAGUAUAUAUAUAUAGUUCAGUGAUGCUUUUGUAUUUGUGGUGAUUUUAAUAAAGGAUAUGGCCUUCCC